AGUAUUUGUAUUUUCACCAGAAUAAGUUUAUUUGGGGAGCAGGGAUUUAGGAAGUAGGAACAAAAGGAAAGCAAAGGGGAAAAUGAGAUCAAACUAACAACCUCCCAGUCCUCUCAGAUUAGCUCGACUUUCAUUGGACUGGUUUAGGACCAGAGUAAAUUAAAGACCGGGUCUACGGCGUCUCUGGCCCCCCCCAGCACGCAGCUCCGGAGCAGACAGUAAAAACCAUGUAGCAUGAUGAUCGCAGAUCCUCUCUCGCAGCUCCCAAAGCCACAUAACUGAAAUUGUACAACAGUCAUUUCCUACAGAGCCUGUCUCCACCCCCUUUACUCGGCUUUAGCACGGAACGGCACGGCUCGGGCUCCACUCGCUGCCAGCCCCGGCCCUCCUCCAGGGCUGCCUGAGCCGGUGUGUGAUUGGAUUAGAGUGGGCUAGCCUUUGCCCUCUAACCCCGCUGAUGUUGGCUGGCUGCUUCCUGCUCCCUCCGCUCCCCCUGACCGACUGACGAAGCUUGCCGAAGCCGCACGGCGAAGUGCCCUGCACGCACACAGCCGACCGGGACGAGCCGGAUCCACAGUAGACCCACGAAACACACGGACGAAAAAUCGAGGCAGCCAUGCGGAGGAAAUCGAGGAUAAUGUUAUGUUUUGCCGUGCUGUGGGUUCUGGGGAUAGCCUACUACUUCUAUUCGGGAACAGCGAUGAGUCGAAAGGAUGAUUGGGACUCCAGUGACUUGUCCAGUAGGAGCAAAGGUCACAGCUCUGACGACAGGGGUCACAGCAUGGAGACUCUGCCACCAGGUAAGGUGCGCUGGCAGGAUUUCGACCAGGAUCUGUAUGUUGGAGCCACGGUGGUCCGACCAGGUCAGGAUCCAUACGCAAGGAACAAGUUCAACCAGGUGGAAAGCGACAAGCUCCGUAUGGACAGAGCCGUGCCUGACACAAGACAUGACCAUUGCAGACAUAAACAAUGGAAGUCAGACCUCCCGGCCUCAAGUGUUGUAAUCACCUUCCACAAUGAAGCUCGCUCUGCUCUGCUGAGAACUGUGGUCAGUGUCCUGAAGAAAAGUCCUUCUCACUUGGUCAAAGAGAUCAUUCUGGUUGACGACUACAGUGACAACUCGGAGGACGGAGCGCUGCUGGGGAAGAUUGAGAAAGUGCGUGUGUUGAGAAACGACCGCCGAGAAGGACUGAUGCGUUCAAGGGUUCGCGGUGCUGACGCUGCCACAGCACCAGUCCUCACCUUCUUGGACUCUCACUGUGAAUGUAAUGACCACUGGCUAGAGCCGCUACUGGAGAGAGUAGCUGAGGACAAGACCAGAGUAGUUUCUCCCAUCAUUGAUGUCAUCAACAUGGACAACUUCCAAUACGUAGGAGCCUCAGCCGAUCUGAAAGGAGGUUUCGACUGGAAUUUGGUGUUUAAAUGGGAUUACAUGACCCUGGAUCAGAGACGGGCCAGACAAGGGAACCCCAUCGCACCCAUUAAGACUCCCAUGAUAGCAGGAGGUCUAUUUGUCAUGGAUAAGGAAUACUUUGAGCAGCUGGGAAAGUACGACAUGAUGAUGGAUGUUUGGGGAGGAGAAAACCUGGAGAUCUCAUUUCGUGUGUGGCAGUGUGGUGGCAGUCUGGAGAUCAUCCCCUGCAGCAGAGUCGGUCAUGUCUUCAGGAAGCAGCAUCCAUACACUUUCCCUGGCGGCAGCGGGACUGUGUUUGCAAGGAACACGAGGAGAGCAGCAGAGGUCUGGAUGGAUGAGUAUAAAAACUUCUACUACGCUGCUGUCCCAUCUGCGCGAAACGUCCCCUACGGAAAUAUCCAGAGUCGUUUGGAGAUGAAGAAGAGAUUAGGCUGCAAGCCAUUCAAAUGGUACCUGGAGAACGUCUACCCUGAACUGCGAGUCCCGGAUCACCAGGACAUAGCCUUUGGAGCCUUACAGCAGGGAGGAAACUGUCUGGACACCCUGGGUCAUUUUGCAGACGGCGUUGUGGGCGUCUAUGAAUGCCACAACGCUGGUGGAAACCAGGUAGCGUUACUACGACAACACACACAGGAGUGGGCCCUGACCAAGGAUAAGUCAGUCAAACACAUGGACUUGUGUCUGACUGUGGUGGACAGAACAGCUGGUUCUCUCAUCAAACUACAAGGCUGUCGAGAGAAUGACAGCAGACAGAAAUGGGAGCAAAUUGAAUCCAACUCAAAGCUUCGUCACGUUGGCAGUAACCUCUGCUUGGACAGCCGCAGUGCCAGGAUGGGCGGGCUCACUGUGGAGGUCUGCAGCCCGAGCCUCAAUCAACAGUGGAAGUUCACCCUCAAUUUACAAUCAUAGGGGGCUGUACAGACCCUGGGAAGAGUUGGGUAUUGGAUAGAGACACCAACAGACUCUGAGACCUGAAUAAAGAGAUGGAAAUAGGCUCGAGGAGAAAGACAAAACUUGAUGGAUUAAUGGAUUACUCUCGCUCCUCCUCAGAGGGGCAGCCAGGCACGUCUAUACACCUCUCCCCCACCUCACCGCUCCUCAAAUAAACAAAAGAGUCGCACCAAGUGAGGGAGGGUUUUGUAGACCAUGAUGGAGUAAACGGGAAACUGACUGUGUUUGGUGGACAGGUGGUGACAGAGAUGAUCAGGAUGAGGAUAAAAGCGAUGAAGAGGCUUUCCAUCCAAACUACAUACCUCAGUGUUUUUUCAUUGAUGGUUCCAGAUGAAAAUGACGAGUGAAUUCUUUUCUGUCCUUUUACUUUCUUUAAUGCUGGUGAAAAUAGAACUCUAUGGCGUUUUUACUUUGUAAUUAUUUUAUUUUACUAUUAAUAUUUUAUUUCUUGCUGUUAAUUCUUCAGAGGUUCGCAGGAGCUUUUUCUUUUUUUGUUCUUGAAAGAAUCGAAUGAAGGUGUUGAUGCUCUCCUCUGGCACUCUCUCUUUGUUUUUACCACACCGAGGUUGGUGUUUCGGUGAGGAGGGAGGGAGGAGGGUUUGGGGUGUGGAGUGAUGUGAAGGGAGGAAAUGAACUCGAUUCCUUGAGCUGUUCCUCUUGUUUACUCUUAUUGGUUUACAGGAUCAACAGAGAAAAGAGAGGGGAGGUGGGGAGAUGAAGCUGUGUGUUCUGUUUUGUUUUUUAUACAGUUUUUUUUCCCACAGAUUGUGUCUUGGGGGAGGGGGAAGUGGGUUUGAGGGAGUAGCUUCUCUGCUUUGGUAGGGGCCUGACGCUGGUUUGGCCGGAGGUGCAGUUCCUGAAACCGGGAAGUGUCUUGAAGCCCACCCUCAGGAUUUACUGUUUGUCUUCAGGCUGUGGCACUGGCUGCUACAGCGUCUUCACUUCUACACCAUUAUGUCUCUAACGAAACAAUACACAGAAAAAAAAAAUCUCUUACCUGUCUUUUUUUUGUUUACUUAUGUCAAAAAAAAUGGAACCAAAUUUCAAAUGGAUGUUUUGUGUUUCAGGAAUACACAAGGAGUGAUUAAAAGAGUUUUUCUUCACA